GGAGUGUUCUGGAUUGGGUACUGUCAGGAAGCAGGGUCGUUCUGUGACUGGGUCUUUUAAUCAGUCCUGUCUAGAAAGUGGGAAGAACGAAGCAGAACUAAAGCUCUGGUGGGUAAAGAAGCAGUGGUCACUCCUGUUAGCCAGGGUGCGGGGCUCUGCGGUCAAGUUUGGGGUUUGGACAAUAUUCUUGUUUUUGUCUGAGUUCAGAGCGGAUUACAACGGGUCUUAUUUUGUCCUGGCCCUUCAUGUUCUCUGAGGUCGUGUUCACAGGUGUGUACCAAGGCCCUCUCAGCACCUCCAGGGCCCGUGGUGCAGGGCCAGCUCCCGCUGUCAGGGGCUGCUCUGCUCGUCUCCACACCCCCUUCUAGCCAAGAGUAGACGAGGUCAGCCCUGAGAACCCCUGCUAGGAUGUCUAGAGCUUCACUGUGGCUGAAUGGUGUGGGUCAGGAGGUGGUUCAGAGGACGUCAGCCACAGCUGGACUGCAGGUAGACACUCCUGUUUUCACACAGGGCGUGUUGUCGAGUCCUCUCAUGGGACAACCCCAACACUUAAGACUCUGGACAGCAGCCAUCAGGCACCCACAACACAGGCCGUUAUCAGAAACAAAACCAGCUGUUGGUUCUGGUGAUAGAUCCCGAAGACGGGCCUUGAUUGCCACACAGGCCAUAGAAACAUGCCUGGUCUUUCCCUAGAGACCCAGCUGGCUUCUUUUUUCAGCCUUGUCACCAACUGUUCUCCUUGACCCGUGAUGUUUGUGUAGUAUUUGCAUAGGUGCAGCCAGAAAUGUUUGCUCAAGUGCAAAUUCCCCCUCUGUCAGCCGAGAAGAAAUCCAGGGCUCCACGAUCAGCUAAGGAAUUUCCAUUUCACCGGCUUGUUGGGUUUCCAGAGCGGGAGCUUGGGGUUCCUAACUCCAAGAACUCUGUUUUCUGUCCAGAUUCUGGAGAGUUCCAGGGAGCAAGCUGUCUCUCGGUCACCUUCCCUGCAUGCUUCUUGGAAAGGGUCAUCGGUCUUACGUAACUGAAGGGCUUGAAUUAAAAGGCUGACCGUUCAUCUGUUCAAACACUCAUCAGCUAUUAAUUGGGCACCUACUUUGCCCACUUCAGGCUCUCGGAAGCACAGCCACUUGCCCACGUUCUUUGGUGUCCUAGCAACCAGAAACUCUCAUCUGAGCUCCGGCCAGGACAAAGGCCAUUUUCUCCCUGACCACUGUGACUUGGAGCCUCCCAAGGCCUCUGAGGACCUGUCCGUGCAGUUCAGGGAUCCCUUGAAAGCCAUUGCUUGUCCCCAAGGACACCGGGAACCCCAGCCCAGCUGACCCCCCGGCAGAAUGAGCUUCUCGCUCACGUUCUCCGAGCUGGUCAACAUUGCCAUCCCGCAGUGCGGGGUGGUGAACUUCAGGGCCCUGCACCACCUGCUCCAGGGCAUCCUGGAGCACAUCCACAUGGCCGAGCUCAAGAAGGUCCUCUCGGGGGACGAGGACUUCCUCCAGACCUCGCAGGAAAUGUUCAUACCCCGGGAAGGAGAUGCCCAGCCCAUCGUCAACCCCAUGAAGAGGGUCAGCAACAUCUUCGACCAUGUGGUGAGCCGCGUCGACAAGAUGGAGAACCAGCUGGCCAUGCUGCAGGAGCUGCCCUCCACUGCCCAGCUGCUGGAGGGCAGCCAGGGCAUGGGCCAGCCCGCCCGGGAACUGUGGCACCUGAUCAAGCUCCGGAAGAUGGUGGAGGGCAACGAAGAAGCCACGGCAAAGUCCAUGAAGAUCCUGCAGGAUUUGCUCACCGACAUUUGUGCGCUUAAGGUCACCACUGAAACCCUCAGGAAGGAUGUGGACAGGCUGAAGGACUUGUUUGAAACGGUACAGCUAGAAAGGAUGGAUACUCUCUUUGAAGAUUUGAAAGGGCAGAACCGGAAGAUGAGUGCACUGCAGCGGGAAGUGAUUUCUCUGCAGAACAAGAUGGCCACCCUCCCCAAAGCCGAGGACUUGGUGCUCUGGAGCAGCCUCCAUGAGGCCAUGUUCACCCCGGAGACUUUUCCACAGGGACCUGCUGCCCCACAGCUGGGGGAUUCUGAGCUGUGGCAGAUCACGGAGCAGCUCCCAGAGACUGUCCUUCCCCAGACCACUGCGGACCACGAUGCUGUCGAUCACACCCAAGUCUCAGAGGCCAUCCAUCACCCCCACUUGUUGGAGGCCGCCUGGCAUGAUGAGGUCCCAGAGCCACUGCAGGAGGAGGCGUCUCCCCAAGCAGUUCUACCUCCUGGGGACCAGGGGCUGGGUGAGCCUCAGGUGCUCGAGCCCGUGCCUGCACCUGCGCCUGAACCUGAGCCUGAGCCGACUCUGGGGCCAGAGCCGGAGCCCGAGCCCGAGCCCGUGUCUGUGCCGGGGCUGGAGCCCACAUCUGCACUGGAGCCCAGUCUGACUCCUGGGUUCACACCUGGGCCCCCCAGACCUGAGCCUGCCCUCAGCCCUCAGCCCACACCCCCAGGAUUCUGGCCUAUGCCGCCAGGAGGCUGGCCUCCUGCCACAGGCUGGCCCAGGGCUAGCACUUGGCCUUCCUGGGGCUUAGGCUACCCCCAGCCUGGCCCAGGCCCAUCAGGCCCUCUGCCUGGACAGGUCCGGGGCUUCAGGGCCCCGGCACCUGCUCCAGAGCUCAGCUUGGCUUGGCCUCGUCCACUGUGGUCCCAGUCUCGCCGGGCAGAGAUGCGCCAGCUCCCGACUGUUUCAGAAAAUGAGGAAGAAUAUUACUCCCGCUCCAUGAAAGUCCCUCAGGACAGGGCUCCCAGGGGUGAGACCCCCAAGGAAGCACUCUCUAAGAGUCCCCAGUCUGUCCUUCAACGGCUGAAAACCAGCACUUCCCGCGCAGCAUCUGCUGCUGCCUCCUAUGCAGCUGCUGCCACCGCAGCCGCCAGGGCGGCCGAGGCCGCCGCCAACUUGGUCAAGGAUGCCCCUGCCACUAAAUUGGCCACUGUGGCAAUGACUGUGGCCGCCUCUGGGCCCUUAGGAAUCUUUGCAGAUGUCCUGGGUGCGGGAUCUUCCCGUGGGGCCACAGGCUCUGUGGCCUUCAGCGAGGACAGCGAGAUGGAAGACUUGCAGGAGAUAGACUACAAGGACUUGCCCCCUCUCCCUCCCGAUGCGACCCUGUCCCAGGCCAUGCUGGCUGCCAAACAGGCUGUGAACCCUGAAGAUAAGAAGAAGGCCGUCAGGUAUUCCAUGAGCCACAUAGCCCAGAUGCCCUUUAGACACGACUCCCUGAAAGAAGAGUUUGCCCAGCUGUCAUCCAACCUGCAGCAGCAGCUGAGUCAUCUAGCUAGUGUGGGCCACUCUUCCAAGCUUGGGAUGACAGUGGACAUGUUGGAAGAAAAGAUUGACAACCUCCACAAAUCCAGGAUGAAGGAGGAGGAACUCGGGAGAGUUUGGGGCCACCAAAUAGAGACGAUGAAGGAUCACCACAUCACGCUGGACAAGGCAAUAGAGAAGCUGCAGAUUCGCCUGGAUGAGUUAAAGAUUAUCCAGGCUCAAAUAAAAAACCUAGAAAUGAAAAAGGCAGACAAAAGUGUGAUGGAGCAGGAGUUGAAAGAGAAAGCUGAAAAGAGUGCCCUGGCAGGCAAGGCAAGCCGGAUUGACCUGGAGACGAUGGUGCUGGAGCUGAAUGAGAUGAUUCAAGGCAUGUUACUCAGGAUUGUGACCCACGAGGAUGACUGGAAGAAGGUUUUAGAGCAGCUGAGUAAGGACCUGAGCACCAAACUGGUCCACAGUGAUUUGGACGAUCUGAAGAAAGACAUGAAUGAGGUCUGGAAGGUAGUCAGGAAGCUGCUGAUUGAAGGCCUCCGAUUUGACCCCGACAGUGCUGCCGGCUUUAGGAAGAAACUGUUUGAGCGAGUGAAAUGCAUCUCCUGCGACCGGCCUGUGGAGAUGAUGACCGGCCCGCAACUCGUCACCAUCCGCAAAGCCCACCUGCUGUCGCGGCUGCGGCCGGCCAGCGCCACCAGCUAUGAGUACCUGCAGCGGCAGCAGAUGAGGGAACAGCAGCGGCUGCAGCAGCUCCAAGACCUUGGAGACCAGGAAGGGAGCCUGGACUCGCUGGCCCCCCUGCAGGACUGGGGUGAUGGCCCCAGAAACGACGCCGGCCUCAAGUUUAAGUCAUAUGAGUUGUCGACGCUCUACCCCUACGGGGACCCCGAGCUGUUGGACUAUGACACUGCUGAGGUGGACAUCCUGGGAGUGGACGGGAUUCUGUACAAGGGCCGAAUGAGCAGCCAGGUCGGGGCGCGGCCUGUGAGCAGCGUGGUGAAGGAGCUGGCAGCUGUGAAGUUUCCGCACCCCCCGACUCGAAACCUGUAUGAGCGCGUGCGCCCCGCUGCCUUAUUUGAUGCCAUCUACCCCCCCCUGCACCCCCGCAGCAGCGUCCCCUCAGCUGCCUCGGGCCCUCACUCCAUGAUGCCAGCUCAGCCUCCAUCUCUGCCACCCCGGCCUCCAUCUCUGCCACCCCGGCCUCCGUCUCUGCCACCCCUGCCACUGCUGCCACCAGUGAUGCCAUCUCUGCGGGACCGCCAGCAGGCCCCAGAGCCCGCUAGGCACCUGAGGCCUCUGCGCCUUGUGUCCCGAGCCAGCACGCAGCCUGCCGAGGAGCCUGCCAACCCGUGAGCCCUGUGUCCUGCGCCCCCAGCCCUGCCAGUAUCCCCUCCGCUCCCCUGGCCAGCAGGGACCAGACCCUGAGCCUGGCCUGGGGAAGUUGCAGGGGCCCUGGACGUAGGGGAGGGGUCUCCAUAAGGGACUCAUUUUGACCCAGUGGCUGUUUUAGCUCUAAGCAUAUAAAUACACUCAACACAAGCCUUAUCCUACAUUUCAUGGAGAACACAGCUUGCUAGAUUGAAUUUUCCACUAAGCCAAUUUAAUUCCUUGACCAAUUUUUGAUACAACACAGCUAAAGUGGUUUUACAAACAGUCACUUUCCUUUUUAUUUUGCUGAAAUGAUGUCAUCAGAAUCAGUUCCAAUUACAGCUACUGGCACUGUGCGUUUUCUUUGGGGGCCAUUAUUUCCACCGAGACCAAUUUUCUCGUGGGAACCAAA